UUCUAUUUCCCAUUCCCAAAGAUCUAAAACUGAGUUUUCCAUCACUUGAUGACAACCACAGAAUUCUCGUGAGAAGCCUUUAUUAAUCAUUGAACGGUGAGCCACCUUUCGAUUCAACGGAUAGCAAUAUUAAGUACAUACCAGAGGUGUUUAUUGGGGCCCAAAUUUCAACAGUUCCAUUAGCGGUGGACCUCAUAUGGAACUUGCCAACCCAACAUGGCAACAUCACCAUGAAUGUUUCAUCAUACUUUCAUUAUUCUACAUUAAUUACCAAACAUACUCCGCUAAAACAACCUAGGCUCCUCCUCAGUUCACUUGGACAUACUCGAAGUAGAAAAAGGAAAAAGAAAACUCAUGGAAGCUUUGUGGGAUUUGGAAGACAAAUUGAAGAUUUCCACACUAGGUGCUGUUCUUCUUCUUGCAUGUGCAAGCCUUGCUCUUGUGUGCCUUUGCAUUGUUGUUACACUUAGAAGGAAGGCCAUUAACAAUAAGAUUGUACACCAAGAGGGUGCUUUAGAUGAAGAGAAUGAAAAGAAUACCACAAUUACAAACACUAAUACUAAUUUUGAUGCUACUAUUACUACUACUACUACUACUACUACUACUCCUACAGAAUGGUCAAAGGCAAGUUGUGUAGGAUGGAUUUCAGUGAAGAGGGUUCUGAUGGGGUCAAUGCUGUGGAGCAAGGCAAGGAAAUUGGAGGAGAACAUUGCAUGGCAGAGAGAGAGGGGAUCCCCACUACUUGGCUUACAAAGGCAGCAGGGUCUUCAAAGUGGGUGGCAAAGCCAUAACUCAGAAUCUCCAGUGUGGCAAAGACCAAUACUAAGAGGGGAGAAGUGUGAGUUGCCAAGUUUUAGUGGCCUCAUUCUCUAUGAUGAAAGAGGAAGACUUCUUCGUGAUUCGCAGAAUCAAAUUCACCACUUCAUGGAAACAUCACAACAGGAAGUAGGAACUGUUACAGUGAGGACUACUCUAAGAGAUUUACUUUAGUACUCGCUUACUGGGUUUUUCUAUCACUUGUAAGUUGUAGCAGACAGACAAUGAGGUUUCACAGUAAUGACAUGGUGUGAUCAGUUCAAAUAUGUAACUAUCCUUUCAUAAAAUUGCAGUUUUU